AUGGCCGGAGACCACAGCAGCAGCGGCACUUUCUCCGAUCAGCUGACGGAGGACAUCCUGACCAACAUCCUCCUCCGGCUGCCCAACGGUUCAUGCAUCGCCAGAUUCCGAUGCGUCUGUAGAUCCUGGCGGAAUCUACUCUCCGAUCCCCAGUUCAUCCUCAGGAUCCUCCGCUUCCCAAAACACGGCGGCGGCGGCGACGUCACAAACAGAUCAUCCUCCCCCCUCCAGAUCCUAAUCACCGGCGACCUCCACCGCCACCUCUACUCGUUGCACUCCUACGACACCCUCCGCCCCGUCUCGACGGGAGGGGGGGAUCUGCCCAGCUCCCGGCAGCCCGCCGCCUUCACCUUGAUCGUGGCGGGGAGCUGCGACGGCAUAUUCUGCAUCGUGGACAUGAACCCCACCGGCGGUGCCCCCUCGGUCACCCUGUGGAAUCCGGCCACCUCGGAGACCAAGUUCCUGCCCGAUUCCGCCGGCCCACCGCGUCGGUCGCUGUUUGAUCACGAGCAGGUCACCGGUUUCGGUUUCGAUCCACGAACCAAUGACUACAAAGUGGUGAGGGUGAUGUUCUUCCAUGAGAUGUAUGAUGAUUGUAAUGAUUAUGAUCUCACUUGGGAGGAGAGAAAUACCAGACUUACUUAUGCUGAGGUGUAUAGCUUGAGGAAUGACUCGUGGAAGAGGCUAAACUUCCACGAGGGUGAUCGAAUCCGGCAAAUCGGCAACUUCAUCAGCAACGUCUACCCACAACAGCGAGGCGACGACGACUCUCGAGACCACAGGCAUCGUUGUCACUGGUUCUACGCAUGCUUUGAAGACUGCUUCACUCUUUCGUUCGACAUGACCGAAGAAGUACUCGACUACGCCUCGUUAGCUCUCCCCCGUGCCUUCCAUGGCGAUUCACUGAUAGCCCUGAUGGGUUGCUUUGCCGAUUCGUGGACGAGGUUGUACGACUUCAGGCCGCCGGCGUGGCAGAUGGAUUUCUUGAUGGCGUGGAAGGAGGAGGGCAUGUGCAUUUGCUCGCGGGAGAGCCGCCGUGGAAGCAUGAGUUUGGAUCCCGGAGAAGUGGUGGAGGAAACCGAUGGUGUCUACGUUUUUUCUCCGGCCACGGGUGAGUAUAUUGGGGAGCGCAUUGAGACUCGAGCCAGAACUCGUCGGUUCCAAGCUCAUGUGUUUACUCCGACUCAAGUUUCCCUUUCGGAUUUGGUGUAG